AUUAGAUUUACAGAGAUUCGUCUUAUCUAAAAAAAAUCUGUUUCUAAAUAAUGUUAACCCAGGGUUCUCUGAAGCAGUAGCAGAAAACAUCAUGGCCACCGUCGCGAGAAGAGCUGUAAAUUUUGGUGUUAAAUCGGUUCGGCCACUAGUGACUGGGACUCAGCCACAAGCUAGGAGUUUACAUGGAGUUGCACCUCUCACAUCUGCCCAGCAAGUCCCUGUAAGUAAACCAGAAGGCCGAACUACUGCAACUUUGAUCCCAGGUGAUGGCGUGGGUCCAGAGCUGUGCCAGGUUGUCAUCGAUGUUUUCCAGAAUGCUGGGGUACCAGUAGACUUUGAGGAACAUUAUCUAACAGAGCUCUAUUCCAAGAGGUCUGAAACUUUAGAUGAAGUUGUUGAGAGUAUCAGGAGGAAUGGAAUAUGCUUGAAGGGUAUUUUAGCUACUCCUGACCAUAGCUCAGAUGGAGAACUCAAGACCUUGAAUAUGAAACUCAGAGAUGAACUCGAUCUGUAUGCAAAUGUUGUCCAUGUGCAGUCACUUGCUGGUCUAAAUGUCCGUCACAAGAAUGUUGACAUGAUUGUUAUCCGUGAGCAGACUGAAGGAGAGUAUUCUGCUCUGGAACAUGAGAGUGUUACUGGUGUUGUUGAAUGUUUGAAGAUCAUGACUCGAGACAAGUGUCGACGAAUUGCCAAAUUUGCAUUUGAUUAUGCUACUAGGAAUAACCGGAAAAAAGUAACUGCCGUCCACAAAGCAAAUAUUAUGAAGCUUGGAGAUGGACUUUUUCUCAAACAGUGUGAAGAGGUGGCUGCCAUGUACCCGAAUAUUCAGUUCACCAACAUGAUCAUUGAUAACUGCACCAUGCAAAUGGUAUCUAAUCCACAUCAGUUUGAUGUCUUGGUGUUGCCUAACUUGUAUGGAAACAUUGUUGAUAACUUGGCAGCAGGUCUGGUUGGAGGUGCUGGUGUUGUGGCUGGUGCAUCCUACUCCAGUAGUGCUGUUGUUUUUGAACCGGGUGCGCGGCACACUUUCAGUGAAGCUGUUGGUAAGAAUGUGGCCAAUCCUACCGCUAUGCUUUUAGCCUCUGCUAAUAUGUUAAGACAUGUCAAUCUUCAGUAUUAUGGUGACAUGAUUAAGAAUGCUGUUGACAGAGUCAUUAGAGUUGGCAAGAUAAGGACGAAGGACAUGGGAGGCUUUGCCACAACUUCAGCGUAUGCUAAUGCUGUCAUCGCCAACCUCAGCCAUUAAGAAAGGAAAUUUGAAAUUUUGAUCACAGAUAGUUAAAGAUAGCUAGUCAUAACAGCAAAGUUGUUGGAAAACUGCUAAUAUAUUUUGGUUUGAUCUUAUUUUAUAACUUUGGCAUUUGCUACUUUAGUUUUGUAUCCAUUUACUAGUAAGAUGACCUAGUGCAGCAAUGCCUUGUAAUGAUUUUAUUUAACAACAUCCGCAACUUUUCUUGGAUAAGUCGAGAAAGAGAUUUAUUUUCUUACCUUUGUCUUCUGUUUCAAUUGUAUGUCUAUGAUGUGGUUGGAGUUAACGUAAUGUGGUUGCUUAGAUUUAUGAUUUUAGCAGUUACACAUAAUUUGGAGUUUUCUUAUCAAAUUCCUCUUAAGCAUGGAACAGAUAGUGUUAAAUGUUUUUUCAAUUACAGGCAUCAGUUUAGUUGCAGUCUUAAAUGUGCAUGAAGAAAGUUUUCGUUUAAUUUCCAGGAUUAUGCUUUUAAACAUUUUAUGUUGUUUUGAACUUAGCUGGGCACUCAGCUGUCACAUAUUACAAUACACAAAUUGUUCUGGUACAAUUAGGUUAUGUGGCAGCUACUAAAUUUUAUGCCAAUUUAUGCAGCGGGACUUCAUAAAUAGCAUGGAUUGAGUCACAGUCACAAGUGCAUGUUUACAUAUUGCAUGGUCAAUUUAAUUUCUCUCAUGUUUAGGUUAUUCCAGUAUUUAGCAGUAAUAUUUUUGCAUGAUGGUUAUUUUAUGUACCAUGUAAGUUAACCAUGUAAGAUAUUGUGCAUGCUUAUAGAGCAGAUGUAACCUCAGUCUUUGUUUUCA